AUGAAUACGAUCGCGAGGAGGGGAAUUUCUUACAUGAAGAGUAAGGGGAAAGCAGCACUAAGUUCACCAGCAAAUGUGACCGCUGGCCAAGAUACUCUCCUCCAAACUGCCGUGCAAGAAAUUCGCGACCGAUGCAAGCUCAAGGGAGAUAUUCUGAGAAACUUGGGAGGUGCUGUUGCAACGUCGACUAUGUUGGGUUUGCCUUUGGGACAUCACUCUUCGGCUCAUGAGGGCCCCAAAUACGCGCCUCCCCUUAUCAGAGAGGGUUUAUGGGAUAUUAGUACCAACUCCACCACUGAGGAAGGCAAGGACAUAAGUGAUCCAAGGGUCCUUAGUGAUGUUGGCGACGUGCCAAUUCAAGAGCUGCACGAAGCUCAAAUUGAUGAUGACAGAUUGAUGCAAUGCAUCACUGAUUGUGUCAAAGAAGUCAUGGAUGUGAGCCCAAUGAGGCCUUUGGUACUUGGUGGGGACCACUCCAUUUCGUUCCCGGUGGUGAGAGCCGUGUCUGAGAAGCUGGGAGGGCCGGUCGACAUCCUUCACAUUGACGCUCAUCCGGAUCUCUAUGAGGCCUUCAUGGGGGACCCUUACUCUCAUGCGUCACCCUUUGCAAGAAUCAUGGAGAAUGGCUAUUGCAGAAGGCUGGUGCAGGUUGGGAUCAGAUCGAUCAACUCAGAAGGGCGUCAACAAGCACAGAGAUACGGCGUGCAGCAAAUCGAAAUGCGAAACUAUGAAGAACACAGGGAGGAAUUGGAAAAUCUGACAUUAGGUGAAGGGGUGAGAGGGGUGUACGUAUCGAUCGACUGCGACGGUAUGGACCCGGCUUUUGCUCCGGGAGUGUCCCACCGGGAGCCGGGUGGGCUGUCCUUCCGGGACGUGAUGAACAUAGUCCAAAACCUAAAGGGGGACAUUGUCGGUGCUGACGUGGUGGAGUUCAACCCGCAGCUCGACCCGGCCGAGGGCCAAGGCCUCACCAUGUUUGUUGCCGCCAAAGUUGUCCGAGAAGUUGCUGCCAAAAUGUCCAAGUGA